AUGAGUAACGAUUCUGUGGGUCUUGAAAUGGGUAUGCAAGAGAAGUUUGACAAAAUAAGGCGUCAGAUCAAUUCUAAUUUGGAUAACCAAAAGCAUGUAGCUAUUGUACUUUCAGCUGUUGAAGAAAAUUUACAAAAUGGCCAGUCCCAAAAUACUAGUCCUGUUAAUUAUACAGUUGCAUUUAUUUCGUUGCUUGACCAGGCAGCUGAUCCAGUAACAAGAGCUAUUGGUGAUUUACAACUAGCGACAUCUGCAUGUUAUCUACUAGACAUUUCUUUGAGGUCGACACCAGCACCAUUGUUGAGAGAAAAAUUUGCAGAACUAUUGACUAAGGUGGCCCCUUGUAUUACUGACGAAAGUGCAGAUGCACCUUUAAUUAGAUCUGCUAUCGGAUGUCUAGAAAUAUUACUUAUUUCCCAACAUUCACAAUCUUGGGGGAAUUCUCAAGAGUUAAAUAUCACACCAAGAAGAGGUCUUAAUGGAUUGUUAGAAUUAUCGUUGGAUCCAAGACCAAAAGUUCGUAAGAGAUCUCAAGAGGCCGUUCAUUCCGUUGUGUCGCAUGCAGCUCCAGGAUCCGUAGCUGGUCGAGUAAUAUCCGCAACUGUAGCCAAUUUUACUUUACAGGCCCUUAGAUCUACUGUACAAGAGGCUUUAUCUAAAAAGAAAAAUCCCCAAGAUAAUGAAUUGACCACAAAACUUAUCCAUAUCCUCCGAUUAGCAAGUUCGGUUUUAUCUACUGGUCAAUGGCCAUCCUCACAAAUUGAACCUCUCUGCGAUUUAUUAUUGGAAGUUACCAAGAGUUCUGAUCAAUAUUUAGUUUCUACCACUUUUGAGUGUUUCGAAAAUUUGUUCAAGGCAUUGGCAGAAAAAUCUGAUGAUUCUCAAGAACCCGAUGGUAAAUCUUUAAGGAUCUUAGAUAUCAUUCUCUCCCUAAAACCUUCCACUAGUGAUACUCAUCUCGCAGGUUCUUGGAUUGCCGUCAUUGUGAAAGGUAUGUCAGCCUAUGCAGCUCACAAGCCUUUGCAAUGUUUCGUUAAAGUUCCUGAGUUGUUUAAAGUCAUGUCACAGUUUUUGGCAAGUGAGACUCCAGAAGUUUAUUUCAGUGCAUCUCAAUGUUUAAUGGCGGUUUUAUCAGAAAUUGUCAAUGAUCAGAUAUUACUCUUUCCACCAGCGGUAGAUGGAACUACUUUUGAAACUGUGGAUGAAGUCAUCACAGAGUUGGCUGAAAUCUUUACUGAAUUAUUAUCUGUCAGAUACAGCCAUUGUGCUAAAGAUAUUUUAAAGGUGUUGGCCGUUGCAUUUAGGAAAUUUAGAUUUAGAGCCAAUCCAGAAUUUUUAAGGCCCUUAGAGAUCGUUGGCGAAUGGAGAACAAAUGAAGAGAACUUCCUAGAAUUCAGAAAUGAAGCCGAAGAAGCCAUUGGAGCUGCUAUUUCUUCUAUGGGUACCGAUGUAGUUUUAGGUUGUCUACCGUUGAAUUUAGAAAAUCCUUCAGAUCAAAGACCUGGUAGAGCAUGGUUACUGCCGUUGAUCAGGGAUAAUACUAGAAACACAAAACUUUCUACUUUUAUCAGGGAUUUGGUGCCUGUAAGUCAAUCGUUUGAAUCCAAAUUCGAGAAAUUGCCAAAGGAAUCUGUUCAGUUGAAAAUCUUCCAAACCGUGGUUGACCAAAUUUGGUCCACUUUGCCACAUUUCUGUGAAUUACCCACUGAUUUGAGAGAUGCAUUCACCGGUGGUUUUGGAUCAGAACUUUCAUCGAUCAUGUAUGCCAAGGUCCAAUCGAGAACUACUAUUUGUAACGCUCUUAAGGUUUUAGUGGAAAGUAAUUUACUAUAUGCUGGUGGUGCACUUAAGGAAGACGUGAUGUUGCAGCAGCAAUUUCCUGUUACUGAAGCCCAAAAAAAUUUGGAAUAUUUGGGUACAAUGGCUUCCAAUUUACUAGCUGUUCUUUUCAACGUCUAUACACAGACAGCUUCAAAUGCCAGAGCAUUCAUUUUGGAAACUAUUGAGUCCUAUUUGAAAGUAACCACUAAAGAAGAUCUGGAAAAGACCUUCAACAAUGUAUGCGGUUUGUUGAAAAAUGCCAUGGAUGAAGAAUUCAAGAAAUCAGGAAAGGGAAAGCCCGAAUUGACUGCAACUUUAUUAGACAUAGUGGUUUGCAUGACCAAGUACUUGCCGCCAUCAUCUUACCCUGCACUUUUCACCAUCUUUGGAUCGACUGUCGUUUCUCAAGAUGCUUUGAUUCAAAAGAGGGCUUACAGAAUCAUUACCAGAUUAGCAGAAUUAGAAUCUGGUUCUGAAGCUUUGUCCAACUUCAUGUCCGAUAUUGAAAAUGUUGUAUUGAACAAUUCUUCUUCAGUUCAAACUUCAUCUAAAGCUUCUAGAUUGGGUGCCAUCCGGAGUUUAGUAAACUUGAUACCUUCUAACCAUAUGGAUUUCAUUGUAAGAGUCGCUGCAGAAGUUAUUCUCUCCACCAAGGAUGUGAACGAAAAAUCUAGGGAAGCUGGUUUUGAAUGCUUAAUCACCAUGGCUAAAAGAAUGGAAGAACCUGGUAGCAUCAUUAGGUUAUCACAAGUUCCCGGGUAUGAAGAAGGAGCCCCUGACCAACCUUCUAGCACUUCUGAGUUCUUCAAGAUUAUUGCUGCUGGUUUAAUCGGUCAAUCUCAGCAUAUGGUUAGUAGUACUAUCCAAGCAUUUGCUUGUCUGAUCUUUGAAUUCAGAGAUGUGGUCGAAGAGUCUGUUCUUUUGGACGUCUACGAUACAGUUGCUCUUUAUUUGACUUCUAAUUCAAGAGAGAUCGUUAAGAGCGCUAUUGGGUUCGCUAAAGUUGCUGUUUUGAGUCUUCCAACUGAAUUGGUAAGACCAAAGGUUCCGGAAUUAAUACCCAAUUUGUUACGUUGGUCUCAUGAACAUACCGGUCACUUUAAAGCUAAGGUCAAGCACAUUAUUGAAAGAUUGAUUAGAAAAUUUGGUUACGAUUUCAUAGCCGCUAACUUCCCUCAAGAAGAUUUGAGACUUUUGGCCAAUAUACGAAAAGUGAAGAACAGAAGCAAGCGUGGUAAGUCUGUGGAAGAUGAAGCUGCACCUGCUACAGAUGGUAUGGCUUCCGCAAAGGGUUCGAGAUUCAUGAAUGCGUUUGACGAAGCCGUUUACAAUUCAUCUGAUGAUGAAGGAAAUGAAUCUGAUGAAGAACAAGGCAAUUUGAAGAAUAGAUCUAAACAGUUCAUCAUGGAAUCUGGUGAAAAUCCAUUGGACUUGCUAGAUUCUCAAACAUUAGCACACAUCUCAUCUACACGUCCUAAGAAAUUUAACAAAAAUGAAAGGAGAGCUCCAUUGGAGGAUGGAAUGUUUUCUUUUGAUGCUGAAGGUAAAUUAGUGGUUAAUGAUCGGGAAAAACAGGUAGAAGAAGAUCCUUUACAGUCUGUCACAAGUGGUAUUGAUGCAUACAUGGAUGCCGUUAAGCAAGGACCUAUCAGAGGACAAAGAAACAGAUUGAAGUUUAAGAAAGGUGCUAGAUCUGGAGCUAAUGGUAGUGAUGAUGAAGUAGAUGAUGAUUUGAAAUUGCCCAAGAAAACCGCAGACAGUAAAAAUAAGAUCGGUAAGGGACCAAAGAGGGGUGGUAAGUACAAGUCCAAGAAGAAAUUGUAA